UACGGCCUCUCGCUCGCCCGUGGCUCUUUCACGUUCAAAGCAGGCGCAUGGACACAUGUGAGGCAGACGAUACGGUUGAAUACGCCCGGGGAGCAGGAUGGUGGGAUGGUGCUUGAGGUGGAUGGGAAGAGGGUUAUUGAGAGGGGGGAUGUUUAUUAUAGG